AUGGCCGACCACAGCAACGAAGAAGCUAUCGACAUAAAGGAGACGUCGCUCAACAGCUCCGUGUCUUCCAUAGGCCGCACGCCUCCGACAGCGCUCAAACUGGGCUCCAGUCCCAGUCCGGCCUCUUCACACCGCUCGAGCUUCGCGGAACACAUGCGAGGAACGCCUACAUCACCGCGCGCGUCACGGCAACCUUCGCUCACACAACAAGCUCUGCAAGACCUCCUGAACAACCCACCAACCAAGGGCGGUGACCCAAAGUUCCAGGGACGCGAUUGGAAGUCAGUCAGGCUUGGAGAGAUAGUCGACCCUGACCUAGUCAGAUUUGUUGAAUACGACACCAGUGUUGAGGAUGCGACAAGCAUACUGGUCAAACACGGCGCUCCUAAUGUCGUCCUUCUGCGCGAAGACGCAAACACACGACAUGCGACCGGCACUUUCGAUUACAGCGACCUGAACGCCUAUCUCCUCCUUGUUGUCGGCCUCGCACACCCCGAAGAAGGCGACAUCGCGUCGUUUGAUGAGCUUGCAAAGAAGGGAAGAGAAGGAAAGCCUAUACCACUCAAGGACGUGAAGGAGGUCGGCGGCAGGAAAGAGCCCUUGAUUACUCUCGAUGAGACAACAGAUUUGUCCAAGGCUAUAGAAGUCUUUGGAAGCGGCGUGCAUAGGGUCUUGGUCGCAGAACAAGGCACCUCAAAUGUCAAGGGCAUUCUGACGCAGUUGAGAUUGGUGCAGUUCUUCUGGGAGAACCGAUCAAGCUUCCCAGGUGUCAACCAGCUAUACUCGCAGCUGAUCAAAGACUUGAACCUUGGAUCCAAGACAGUCCUGGCCAUCAAUGGAGAUAAGCCUCUUGCGGCCGCUCUCGAGCUCAUGAAUAACGAAGGCGUAUCGUCUUUACCAGUCCUGGACGCGCAGAACAACGUUAUCGGCAACAUAUCACACGUGGAUGUCCGCCUCCUGACAAAAUCCACUUCCCUACCACUACUUCGCUCAUCCUGUAUCCACUUCAUAUCCGUCAUCCUGUCAGAGCGAGGAGUCAACGAUGGCAAAGAUUCCUUCCCCGUCUUCCACGUCAACCCAUUCAGCACCCUCGCGCAUACUGUGGCUAAGCUGGUUGCAACUCGCUCGCACCGCAUGUGGGUCGUCGAUGCACCGUCGCCUGCAUCAUCUGGACCAUCAACUCCUGCGAUAACACCUGCGAUCGUUGUUCCUCCCUCGCCAAUCACACCACUUCCCGGAAUGGCAGGUCCUAUACCUGUCAAUUCGACCGCCCCGACGCACCUUGCCAGCACUGGAGCUGUUGCACCAGCUAUCUCUGCAUCCGCAAUGUCCACCAUGCCAGGGGCCAGCCUCUCUGGUAGACUUAGCGGAGUCAUCAGUCUCACAGAUAUCCUCAAUCUAUUCGCAAGAGCAAGUGGGCUCAAUCCCCAUGAUCCCGAUGAAGCACGACGUGCUAGGCGCAGGUCGAGCUCCAGUAGCAUGAGGCAGAGCAUGGACAGUUCAAGGAGUGAAAGUGUGUCGGCAAUUGCAGGACGAAGGAGCAGCGUGAGCAAGCGAGAAGAAAACGCACCCACAGCUCAGGGAUUAGGUAUUUCCAGGGGACGAGGCUCAUAG